AGCAGCAGAGGCUUCCCGGCUGGGGGCUGGCAUGGCCGCGCGCUGCUGACCUAUGCCGGGUCCAGCUACCAUGCCCACGAGAGGGGCCGCUGCCCUGCUCUGCAUGCUGGUGCUGGUGCUGCUAGGCUGGACCGGGAGAGGAUGUGGGGAAGGCAGCCCUCAGCCCCAGCACGAACUAGUAAUACCUCAGUGGAUGACUGCAGAAAGCCCCACAAGAGAAAAGCAUCCUCUCCAUGCGGAGCUCAGGGUCGUGGCUGAGGGGCGAGAGCUGAUCCUGGACCUGGAGAAGAAUGAGUAUCUUUUUGCUCCAUCCUACACAGAAACUCACUAUACUCCAAGUGGCAACCCCCAGACCACCACCCUGAAAUCCGAGAAUCACUGCUUUUACCAUGGAACAGUGAGGCAGAUGGAACAGUCAAGUGUCACUCUGAGCACCUGCCGGGGAAUGAGAGGGCUGAUCACGGUGAGCAGUAACCUCAGCUACGUUCUCGAGCCCCUUCCGGGCAGCAAGGCCCACCACCGCAUUUACAGAUCUGAGCAUCUCAGGCUUCCCCCAGGGAACUGUGGGUCUCUACACCCCGAGCUCACUGCCAGUGACUGGGUCCUCCAGCUCACGAACCAGACCAAGUCUCGAUCUCAAAGGAUGAAAAGAGAAGAUUUACACACCACGAAGUACGUGGAGCUCUAUCUCGUGGCUGACUAUGCAGAGUUUCAGAAGAACCAACGAGACCAAGACGCCACCAAACAUAGGCUCAUAGAGAUCGCCAACUAUGUUGAUAAGUUCUACCGCUCUCUGAACAUCCGAAUAGCCCUGGUAGGAUUGGAAGUGUGGACUCAUGGGAACUUGUGUGAAGUUUCUGAGAACCCCUAUGCCACCCUCUGGUCCUUCCUGAACUGGAGGCGCAAGCUGCUAAUUCAUAAGAGCCACGACAAUGCACAGUUAAUCACGGGCAUUUCCUUCCAUGGCACCACCAUUGGCAUGGCCACCCUCAAGGCCAUGUGCUCUGUCUACCAGUCUGGAGGUAUCAAUAUGGACUACUCUGAGAAUGUCAUCGGUGUGGCUGCUACCACAGCCCAUGAGAUAGGUCACAACUUCGGCAUGAGGCAUGAUGUUCCGAACUGCUGCUUGGCCAGUGAUUCAGAGGGAGGCUGCAUCAUGGCAGCUGCCACUGGACACCCGUUCCCCAGAGUGUUUAAUAGCUGCAACCGGAGGGAUCUGGACAAUUACUUAAAGACAGGUGGGGGCAUGUGUCUCUUCAACAUGCCAGACACCAGCAGGCUGUACGGAGGCCAUAGGUGUGGGAAUGGCUACCUGGAAGACGGAGAAGAAUGUGACUGUGGGGAUGAAGAGGAGUGUAACAACCCCUGCUGCAAUGCCAACAACUGUACCCUGAGAGAAGGUGCGGAGUGUGCCCACGGUGCCUGCUGCCAGCACUGCAAGCUGCUGGCCCCAGGCACCCUGUGCCGCGAGCAGGCGCGGCAAUGUGACCUCCCUGAGUUCUGCACCGGCAAGUCCCCCCACUGCCCCACCAACUUGUACCAGAUGGAUGGCACCCCCUGUGAAGGUGGCCAGGCCUACUGCUACAACGGCAUGUGCCUCACCUACCAGGAACAGUGCCAGCAGCUGUGGGGGCCAGGUGCCCGGCCUGCUCCUGAUGUUUGCUUUGAGAGGGUGAAUGUGGCAGGGGACACCUAUGGAAACUGUGGAAAGGACAUGAACGGGAGACACCGGAAAUGCAACAUAAGAGAUGCCAAGUGUGGGAAGAUCCAGUGCCAGACCUCUGAGACCCAGUCCCUGGAGGCCAACGCUGUGUCCAUUGACACCACCAUCACCAUCAAUGGGAGGCCCAUCCACUGCCGGGGUACCCAUGUUUACCGAAACCAAGAUGAGGAGGACAUGCUGGACCCAGGCCUGGUGAUGACUGGGACCAAGUGCGGCUACAACCAUAUCUGCUUCGAGGGGCAGUGCAGGAACACCUCCUUCUUUGAAACAGAAGGCUGCAGGAAGAAAUGCAAUGGCCAUGGGGUCUGCAACAACAACAAGAACUGCCACUGUUUCAGCAGCUGGGCCCCACCCUUCUGCAACACACCAGGCUAUGGGGGCAGCAUCGACAGCGGGCCCAUGCCCUCCAACAGUCCCGGCCCGGUGGUGGCAGGUGUGUCAGUGGCCAUCGUGGUACUCAUCGCCUUCUUGCUGACAUGCCACUGCUGCAGACACAACAGCAAGCUGGGCCAGCUCAUGCCUUGGGCCCUCCCGUCCAAGCUACAGCAGCAGUUAAGUUGUCCUUUCAGGGUGUCACAGAAUAGUGGCACAGGCCAUGCUAAUCCGACUUUCAAGCUGCAGACACCCCAGAGCAAGCGGAAGGUGACCAGCACCCCCGAGACAUUGCAAAAGCCCUCCCAGCCACCUUCCCGGCCCCCUCCAGAUUAUCUGCAUGGUGGGUCCUCAUCUGCCCUGCUGCCUUCCCCGGGGCCUGGGGCCCAAGUAGAAAGGAAGGAGUCAUCCAGAGGGCCUCCACCAAGCCGGCCAGUGCCUCCUGCCCCCAGCUACCUCCUCUCCCAGGAUCUCUCCCGGCCUCAGCCACCGCAGAAGGCUCUCCCAGCUGACCCAGUCCCGAGUCGCAAAAACCUGCCCGGGCCAGGCAGCAUCUCCAUACUGAAGUCUCCUGCCAUGGCCCCUCCACAGCCCCGGCCCCUAGCAGCCCCUGCUCCAAAAUUCCCUGAGUACAGAUUGCAGAGACCAGGGGGCAUGUCUAACUCGAAAAUGUAGAACCUUCUAAAGGAGUUUUGGCCUUUAGAUGUGGGAGAACCCUGCACACACAGAGGACUCCGAGCCAUGGAAUCUGAUCAGCAUGUUCGGGUGCCUCCCCCUGCCUCCCCUCCUCCCAGAACCACUGCAUCUCUGACCUCAUCUUUUAAACCCCAAGCUACCUCUGCUUCCUUGGGGCCAGGAGAGGACUAUCUGGUGGUGUCCACAGGCGUGAGGAGAGGUGCGUCUUCUCACCUGGCCCUUCACCUAAGAAUUGGACUGUGAGUGGUGGGUCUAGUUGGGAGGAGGCUGGCCAGGCCUCAGCAAGGAGAUGCCAUCCAUCUUUUCCCCCUCACCCCUGCACUCCCCGGCUCCACACCAGGACUGGGAGGGCCCUUUUGUGGCCCGCUCUGGGGAGGCAAUAGCUUCUGAUUCUGUGGUCACACAUGAACAUGUCCCUCUCCUCACACCCUGUCCCCUCCCACACCCUCUUAUUCACACGGGUCACUCUGACUCCAACAGGUACUAUAGGUAGGCAGUGUAGACAGCAGGGGAGCCCUCUCUGGGCUACCUCUGAGCCAUGAUGCCAAAGCUUGCACCUUUCCACUCUCCAUCAUCCUUGGUUGUUCCUUGUUUUCUCUUCUGCACUUCCCAGUGUCAUCGUGGUUCCUUACCACCUCCACCCCCACCCCACUGGGCCCACCUGCCAUGUGGUGCUAUGGACAGUUGACCCAGCUGGGGGCCUGGUGCUUGAGACCCACCUAUGAGGAGGGACCCGUCUCAGUGUUACCCACUGGAUUUCCUGCCUUGGUUCUCAAGAGCACUAGCCAGGGUUCACAGCUUCAUUUCCCUUUGUGCUUUCUGACCUCAGCAGGGUAAGGGUCUCCCUGCAUUGCCACCCCCAGUUGAACUCAGGUGCCCAGUAUGCCAGUGAAUGGUGAGGGGCACAGACAUAUCCCGGCAGCCAGUCACCUACUGGGGCAAGCUCUGAGCAGAGAGCCAUGCUGAUUGCAGCAUUGUGUAGCACUUUCUGAGUUGGGACCCCCCCCCCCCAGUUCAUCAACCUCCUUCCUGUGUCUGCCUCAUGGCCACUGCCCUCGUCUGACCCUGACAGCAGCAGGAAUGUCACUGUUACAGGCCCUGGUCUCCCUGGGAGAGAAGAAGGCUACAUGGUGCUGGUGUACUGUGUGUGGGGUGAGUUUUUGCUCUCCCCUACCCUCAGAAGGUGCUGGAAGCCUUGCCACCCUCCCUUUCUGAGUGCUAGUUUGUGCUCACCAACCUUACUGCAAGGAAGACUCUGAGCUUACUCUGAGCCUACACCCAGGGCCCCCAACAGUUCUUUGGACAUAGCAGGUGCUCAAUAGAUGUUUUUUUUUUUUUUGGGGGGGGGGUCUGUGCACCCUAGGGAUACACAUGGGGUGGAUUUAAAAAGAUCUCAGGAAAGAGACUCUCACUCUCAGGUCCUCAUGACAUGAGUGAAGUCCUGUCCCCCUGUACCUGGCUUGGGUCUUGGUGGCCCACACAGCCUAUAGCCAAUGUCCACUUCCCUUGGUACCUAAGUCAGGGGACAGUUGGCCACCCAAGUAUGCUACUUUAAAUGCCCAACCCCCAAGUCAGGGCCCCCCAAAAGGUGAAAGUUCCCCAACAGAGAGCCCACUGAACCCACAGAUGGGCCUGCACUGUCACCCCGGCACACAGGGAGCUGCAGUCCACAUGGCUACAGGAACCUCUUGAACCUGCUGGGAGCCACACGGGGAGGAGACCCAAGCUACUGCUUUUCUUGGUUGCUUUUCUUCUUUUCCAUUAGUCAUACCCCUAUCCCCAAAAAUCAUACUGUGAAUUGGAAGGUCAGAUGUGGUGGUAAGAGACUCAAGGCUGUGCUUUGGCUGUUCUACACUUUGCACUGUGUAGGGAGCUGGGGGCACUGUCUUGGUGGGCUGGGGAGACCCUCACAAGCCAAGCCAGUGACCUCGCCCCCCCUUCCCUCCUGCAUUCAGGAGCUGCUUUGAGGUGACAGAUGAACACAGAUUCAGACUUAAGGAAGGAAAGGCUGUAUGCAGAAGAUUCAUGUGAGAAGGGGGAAGGGACCAUGGCAGUGAGGUGGAGCUAUAGCCACAGGGACAUGCCAGGGCCAGCUGCCACCAGGGCUGGGCGCAGCUCACUGCCCAGCAGGAAGAGGACUUGUCUUUUGUGGGACUGAGUGAUCCUGGCUGGAAAGAACUGUGUCUAGGGAGGUCUCUGUAAAGGGUCCUUUUCUGACUCAGGUUUUGGGAUUGGUCCAAAAAGAAAGUCUAAUCAAAGCUGGAUGAGGCAAGUUCUAAGCUUUUUGUGCAGAAAGAGAUGCAUGCAAACCUUAAAAAAAAAAAAAGCCUCUUAUAACCUGGGAGAUGUCUGUAAGAGCUACAACUGAAGCGUAAGACUCAGAGGUCUGGUACUCUGCUUCUGUCUCAGUGGGCCCAGCUCAUGGUUCCUAGUGACAGCCAUCAGUUCUUUCUAGUCUUGUUUACCUCUCUCUGUCUCUCUCCCUCUCUCUCUCAGACAAGCCCCUUUCUGCCCCAGCUCACAGAGCCUGUGGUCUCCAGUUCAUGCAGUAGUUAUGGAAUUUUGUCACAGAGCUUAUAGUAUUGCUGUAGCCUCUUCUCCCAAUGCCUUAGCUCCUUGCCAUCUCUCUAUGAUCCCCUUCCAUAAGGCCUCCCCCCCUUCACUGGGUCUAAAUUUGCUUCUACCCAGCAAAGGACAUGCACUGCUUGCACAUAUCAUGGGGGGGGGGGGCAGGGGGCGGCUGCGCCAGAAGCCACUGACUGUGCUCCAUGUGGGACAGCUCAGCUGCUCACCCCGGAAGGCCAAGAAGAAUGCCAACUGGAAGGGCACCCCUUCCCCUGGGAGGCCUAGCCAGGUGCCCCAAGUCACCUCUGGCACAUCCUAUGCCUCCCACCGUGUGCCCGUGUGUGUUUGGGACCCAGGGCAAUGUGAAUUUUCUUUUUUACUUGGGAGAUUACCCAUGGAAAAUAGAUCCACCUCUCUCUUGUUCACUUGUUAAUUGUUUACAAUACUUGUACAUCUAUGCAAGAUACUUGAAUGGGCCAUUGUGCCUUUUUUCUUCCUUAUUUGUAUUUAUGUCAAAUAAAUUGUUGUUUAAAUUGU